UCGAACUAACAGAGAAAUGUUAGGAAAACGUAUUUUGCGCGUCCGUUUUCGUCCGAUUUUCUUCGAUUGAGUCGAGCUGCAAAGAUCUGUGAAAAAAACCACGCGCUGCCGCCGCCGCCGCCAAAAAAAAAUGCCGAGUCGGUGAACCAAAGAGAAGAAGGCUAAAGUUGCCUUGCUUGAAUCGGGAAAACAGAAAAUCAACGCUUUUACUUAAGCAUUUUUCCCGAGAUACCCGUGUCGGUGUAUGCGUUUACCUGCGUGAGUGUGUGGGUGUGUUUUUUUUUUUCCUCUUGGUGUGUGCCUUUUUUUUGUACACUGCUGUGGAGACGCGCUCUUUUUUGUGGCAGACGGGCGGAAAGAAGAAAAACCAAAGAGAGCUAGCAUAAAAAAAUAAGAAAUAUCAGUCAAAAUCGCAUUGUGAAAAGUUUGUUUAUUCAGUAAGAGUACAAAAUGGAAAACAUGGAAAUAAGGAGCAGCGGCUGCAACAACAACAAGUAACGAAAAACGGCAAAAAUUUUUGUUUGCCUCUCUCGCUGCCUGGGUGUACGUGUUGUGUGCGUGUGUUUGUGUGCGCGUCACAUAUCGACGUCCCUCUCCACCGACAACAACAACAACAAAAGGAAAGAAAAAGAGAAUAAAGUGAAACAUGUUUUUUCUGUGGCAGCAACAACAACAGCUGCAGCUACAACAACAACUUCGAAAAUGGAUUAAAUAAGUUUUAUCGAAAAAAACAACAAAGCCAGAAGCCGCAAAUCAAAUAACCCAGAAACAAACGGCGAAAAUAAAAUCAAACAACAACAACAACCACAUCAGCAGCAAGCAGUACAGUUUUGUAAACAAAGCGUGGCGACAAUUAUUUACCAAUGUCAAAUAUAAAUGAAAAUGUAAAAAUAAGCGAAAAAUAGAAGUGCUUGUAAAAUGUUUGAGCAAAAUGUUGAAAAAAGCGGCAGUCAAAAACUACCAUAAUACUAAAGCAACAUUAAAUUGAGCAAAUCGACAAGGAAUUGCAAAGUAAUCGAUUAUUAUUUCAUGAAAACGCAGUAGAAAGCAAGAUCGUGCUUUCUUCUCAGAUUUCCCUCGUGCGUGUGUGUACGUUCGUGUGUGUGUGUUUUGUUUUCAUUAGAGCACACACACACGCUCCCGUUGUGUGGGAGUGUGUGUAAUUGCAAUGCUAAACGGUAUAUAAACGGAAAGAGCAAUAACAACAACAGCAGGCGGCGAAGAAAUACACAUACCAACGUGUUUUUGUUUUGUUUGUUUCAUAAAUGUUCAACUAUUACACUGAAAAAAAUAAGAAACGGCAAGCAAAUCCAACAAAAGACUUUAAUUGUGUUCAUAAUUUUAAAUAAAAAAAACAAACAACAAAAAGUAUUCGACCCAUAAAAAUAUAUACGAAAAAAUAUAUAUAUUAUUAUUGGUUAUAACACAUACAUAAUAAUAUAUUAACUGGUACUCACGAAAAAAAUAAAAAAUAAUGCAACAACGACACAAAGGAUAACGAAAGGAAUUAAAAUACACAAAAACUAUUUAUUUAUAGAAAAAAAAUCACAAAAAACCAAAAUCCGACAAAAAUACAUUUUCAAUCUAUCCAAAUCACAUGAACAAAUAACGCAAUAAUAUACAUAUAUAUAUAUAUAUAUAUAUAAACACAAGUAUAUAUAUGUAAAGUACAUAUAUAGUAAAAUAUAGGAAUAAACAAAUCCAAGUAACAAUUCAUUUAUCAGCGCAAAACCAACAAACAUCAGCUCCAUGUAUAGAUUAGAGGAUACGAAUAGCGGCGGCGUUAUGGAUAAGAAUAAACAGAAACUAUCCGCUUAUGUGUCCAGCGGGGGCAGCGUUGCCGUCGACGCAGCCCAGGGCAGCGGGAGCGGGGGCGGAAGACAGCGCCACGCCCCCCUAUACGGUCGCAUCGUCGUCGAAGAGGAUCUGCCUGCCACGCACCGGGAUGUCAUGCACCAUCACUCUAGUCCCUCGUCUUCGUCGGAGGUGCGCGCCAUGCAGGCCCGCAUUCCCACCCACUUUCGGGAUCCCGCUUUGGGACCUUUGCGCAAGCUGAGCGUCGAUCUGAUAAAGACCUACAAGCACAUCAACGAGGUUUACUACGCGAAAAAGAAACGUCGUGCCCAGCAGACGCAAGGCGACGACGAUUCAUCCAACAAAAAGGAGCGAAAACUGUAUAACGACGGUUAUGACGACGAUAAUCACGACUAUAUAAUCAAGAAUGGCGAAAAGUUUUUGGAUCGCUAUGAAAUCGACUCGCUGAUCGGCAAGGGCAGUUUUGGUCAGGUGGUGAAGGCCUACGACCACGAGGAGCAGUGCCACGUGGCGAUCAAGAUAAUUAAGAAUAAGAAACCGUUCCUAAACCAGGCACAGAUUGAGGUCAAGCUGCUUGAGAUGAUGAACCGGGCGGAUGCCGAAAAUAAAUACUACAUCGUUAAGCUCAAGCGGCACUUCAUGUGGCGCAACCACCUGUGCCUGGUGUUCGAGCUGCUCUCAUACAACCUGUACGACCUGCUGCGGAACACCAACUUCCGGGGCGUUUCCCUGAACCUCACGCGCAAGUUCGCCCAGCAGCUCUGCACGGCACUGCUCUUCCUCAGCACCCCCGAACUGAACAUAAUUCACUGUGAUUUGAAGCCCGAGAACAUCCUGCUGUGCAACCCGAAGCGCUCGGCGAUCAAGAUCGUUGACUUUGGCAGCUCCUGCCAGCUGGGCCAGCGGAUCUACCACUACAUACAGUCGCGCUUCUACCGCUCGCCGGAGGUGCUGCUGGGCAUCCAGUAUGACCUGGCCAUCGACAUGUGGUCGCUGGGCUGCAUCCUGGUCGAGAUGCACACCGGCGAGCCGCUCUUCUCCGGCUGCAACGAGGUUGACCAGAUGAACAAGAUCGUCGAGGUGCUGGGCAUGCCGCCCAAGUAUCUGCUCGAUCAGGCGCACAAGACCCGCAAGUUCUUCGACAAGAUCGUGGCCGAUGGCUCCUAUGUGCUGAAGAAGAAUCAGAAUGGGAGGAAGUACAAGCCGCCGGGAUCGCGCAAGCUCCACGACAUACUGGGCGUGGAAACAGGCGGACCAGGGGGCAGGCGUCUAGAUGAGCCCGGCCACUCCGUCUCCGACUAUCUCAAGUUCAAGGAUCUGAUCCUGCGCAUGCUGGACUUUGACCCCAAGACCCGGGUCACGCCCUACUAUGCCCUGCAGCACAACUUCUUCAAGCGCACGGCCGACGAGUCGACCAAUACGAGCGGCGCGGGUGCCACAGCGAACGCUGGUGCCGGUGGCUCCGGAUCCAGCGGAGCAGGUGGCGGAUCAAGUGGCGGAGGAGGCGGCGGCAGCGGCGGCGGCGUCGGUGGCCUCGGAACGGGCGGCAGCAGUAGCGGACCGGUCUCCUCAUCCAGUGCAGCGGCUCCGACGGCGGCGACAGCAGCGGCCACGGCCACGGGCUCAUCCGGAUCGGGAUCGAGCGUCGGCGCAGGCUCAUCUGCGGCGCAGCAACAGCAGGCGAUGCCAUUGCCCCUGCCCCUGCCCCUGCCCCUGGCGUUGCCCCUGCCGCUGCCACCACUCGCGGGUCCUGGCGGUGCGUCGGAUGCCCAGUGUCAUGGCCUGCUAAUGCAUUCGGCGGCGGCCAACGCGAUGAACAACUUCUCCGCUCUGAGCCUGCAGCCCACCGCCCAUGCGCCGCCCUCGCUGGCCACCAGCCAUCACAGCAGCAACAGUUUGGGCAGCCUGAACCACAUCAGUCCCGGCAACAGCAACAUUAGCAACAGCAACAUUAGCAGCAGCAGCAGCAGCAGCAGCAACAACCAGCGACACAAUCGCCUGUACGGCGGCAACAUGGUGGUGGGACACCACAACAGCAACAUCAACAACAUCAGCAGCAGCAACCACAACAGCAUCAGCUAUCCGCACGCCAUGGACUGUGAUCCGCCGCAGAUGCCGCCACCGCCGCCGAACAAUGGCCACGGAAGGAUGCGAGUGCCGGCGAUCCUGCAGCUGCAGCCGCCGAACAGCUAUGCGCCCAGCUCGAUGCCCUACUACGGCAACAUGUCCACAUCCUCGGUGGCCGCGGCGGCGGCGGCAGCAGCGGCUGCGGCCUCGCACCUCAUGAUGACCGAUUCGAGUGUGAUCAGCGCCUCGGCGGCGGGGGGCGGUGGCCAGGGGUCGGGCGGCGGCGGUGGCGUUGGCGGUGUUGGCGGCAAUCCCGGACCGAAUCCGGUACCGCCUUCGGCUGCCGCCUAUCUCUAUCCAUCUCAGCCCGCCGGAACGCUCUAUGGAACGGCGCCCGCGUCGCUGAGUGAGUUGCCGCUGCCAUUGCCGCCACUGCCGCUGCCGCUGCCACUGCCCAUGUCCAUGCCCCUGCCUAUGCCUAUGCCACUGCCAAUGCCGCUGCCGUUGCCGCCCUCUUCCUCGUCAUCCUCCUCCACGGCAUCGGGGGGAGGAGGUGUAUUAGGGGGGCACGGGGGGCUAGGGGGACCAGCGGGAGUCGGCGUCGUUGGCCAGAGGCGGCACAUCGGCAGCGGACCCGCCUCGCAGCAGGCGGGCAUCUCUCAAAGUGCGGGGGUGGGCGGCGGCGGCAGCAACUCGGCCACCGGAGCCAGCAGCAGCGAUGCCUCCUCGUCGUCGCCCAUGGUGGGCGUUUGUGUUCAACAGAAUCCUGUAGUUAUACAUUAGCAUAAACUGGAAGAAGAGAGGAGGAAAACGAACGUUAUUUGCCCGCUUAAUAUACUUUUUUUUUUUUUUUUCACCGCCCUUUGCCGCUCUCUGCUGCUAUUCAUCGCACCGCCACCAACGCCCAACCGAGAAAUCACUGAAUCACCAGCACAGCAGACAUCUAGGUGGUCCAAAAUCGUGGGUCUUAUGUCACGGGAAGCUCCGAAGCAACGUAGGACCUUUCCUCACACAAAAUGUAUUAUGUCCUGCUCUAAAAUUCGAUAUGAAAUGAUAAGAUGCUUUUUUAAAUGUUCAAAAGAUUUCUAACAUGAGUAAACUUUUCUAAAAUCUAUUAAUAUUUAUGGGGCUUAAAACUCCGAAGCAAAGUAGGGUCUGCUCAAAAAAUGUUUUAUGAAGUGAUCUUGUUUUUCGUUAAAUUGUAUACAUUCAAAAAUGUACAAAAGUUUUCUAAACUUAAUGUGUAAACCGCAAGCCUUUUUUUAAAAAUUCAAGUUUACUCCCAAGAUUGUGUUUUUAUAAAAUUUUAGCAUAUAUACGAUUUCUUUGAAGAUUAAUUCCUAAGAUUAUUGAAAUGUUGCCAAUUUUUAAAAGCAAGAGGAUCAAUCAUUUUUAAAUUCUAGCUUUUUCUUAAAUCUAUUAAUAAGUAUAUUCAAGAUAGAGUUCUUCUUAAAAUAUUAUUCUUAAAACAAUUUAAAAAUCAAAAAGUUGAUAACUAAAUUUCAGUGAGAAUUUUAAUACAAAGCCUGGAGAAAGGAUACAUUUAUAGGUCCCAUUUUGUUGUGCAGAAGCCUACGACUAGGGCCAAUUCUUGUGAGAUAAGACACCCGAUUUAAGCCACCACGCCACAGACACAGACACACAAACACAAACUAUAUAUACAUUAACAUUAACUAGCUGAAAUUGACCCUACAUGUACCCGUACCCACACAAAAAACUCAUUCACCUGCGGUUUUUACUAAUUAGUCACUUCGCGCUCUCACCGCCGCGCCCACAUCACCGACCACGCCCCCUCAUUCGCCCUGGAUGAAGGCAGGGAUCAGGAUCCUGUGUGUGGGCGCCCGACUUGAUGGAUUUUGCAAAGCGUUUAUUUUUUUUACAUGCUAGAACCUAUUUUUUUUUUUUGCUCUAAUUAUAAUGUUUAAUUUUAUGCUGU